CAGAAGGCAUCAGGCCGUGGUGUGUCGGUGCUGCUCGGAGAUACUGUGGAAGCCCCACAAGCCCUCCGUGACUGCCAGUGAAAAGCAAGAGGUGAAGGGGCCAUGAAGUGGGGGCUGCUCCUCCCCUGCCUGGCUGCCCUGCUGCGCGCUGCCGGCCCCCUGCGGAUCUGCGCCUUCAACAUCCAGACUUUUGGGGACAACAAAGCCGACAAUGACGCCGUCAGGAAGGUGAUUGUGAAGAUCCUCUCCCGCUACGACAUCGCCCUGGUGCAAGAGGUGCGCGACUCGGAUCUCAGCGCUGUCACUACCUUGAUGGAGCAGCUCAACAGGGCCUCCAAGAACUCCUAUGACUACAUUAUCAGUGAGCCGCUGGGUCGGGAGAAAUACAAGGAGAUGUACCUCUUCAUCUACAGGACAGAGAGCGUCUCUCCCGAGGCCCAGUACCAGUACCCCAACCACAACGACGCCUUCAGCAGAGCCCCCUUCAUCGUGAAGUUCUCCGUUCCCGGCUCAAAGGGAGACCCGCUGAUCCUGGUGCCGCUUCACACGCCUCCGAGUGAGGCCGUGGCCGAAAUAGACGCCCUCUACGACGUUUACCUGAAGGUCAUUGACAAGUGGGGGACGGAUAACAUGAUGUUUCUCGGAGACUUCAACGCCGACUGCAGUUACGUGGCGAAGAAGGACUGGGCCUCCAUCCGCCUGCGCACCAGCGAGGUCUUCAAGUGGCUCAUCUCGGACUCCACAGACACCACCGUGGGCCAGUCGGACUGUGCCUAUGACAGGAUCGUGGUGAGCGGCUCAAGGCUGAGGAAGUGGAUCGACCCCGAGUCUGCCAAGGUGUAUGACUUCCAGACUGCCCUCAAGCUGAGCCAGGAAGAGGCUCUAGCAGUCAGUGAUCAUUUCCCCGUGGAGGUGACGCUGGGUUCUCAGUGACAGUCCUUGCUACCUCAUGUCGAGGGAGGCCAAAGGGUCGCAGCCGCUGGGCCUCCACCGCAGCCCAUUUCUUCACUCUGCUGCAUCUCAGUCUUCCAGCCUCCCAAGAAGGUCUUCAGCUGGGGUCACGUAUACCUCUCCAGAAGCAGACCCAAGAGCCCAAAUGUCGCAGGGCAGGAUGGCAGCCAGGCAUUUUCCUCCCCAGUAGCAAACUCUGAAGUCCAAUCUCACCACAAUGCAGCGAAUUUACAGCAUGCAUUUCUCAAAGCAGGAAUCCAUUUUAUCGCACAGAAUGAAGUUAUAUAUUGAACGCAUGAAGCUGCCUUCUACUGAAUCAGAACCUUG